AUGGCUGUGAACGAGGAAGAGGAGCAUGCGAAGACCAAGGCCAAGGUGAAACCUACGAAACCCGUGAACAAGCCGAAGGCCACAGCCAAGGCUUCCAGUGGGAAGAAGAAGCCCGCAGAGCCGAAGAAGCCAGCAGAGCCGGUCGAGCCCCAGGACGAUCACCCGAUCCUCGAGUACGACAACCUCGAGGAGAUCAUGAAGGUUUUCGAUCUCAGUGAGCUUGAGGCCGUCGAGGCUUUGAGGGAAGUUGUGGGACCGCCACCCAAGGACUUCGUCCUGCCAUCCGCCCGUGGCCAGCCUGAGCCUGCCCCCCCAAGGGGCAAGGGCAGCACGGUGCCCAAGAAGCCUCGAGCUGUUCUGAAUCCGCCUGAGCCUAAGACGCCUUUGAACAUCGCUACAGCGCGUGUUUCGAAGGAACCCAGGUUUGAGACGCCAGUGCCUGUGGCGGAGCCCAAGCAGCUCAAGCGCGGGCACAGUGCCAGCAACCUGCCGAGCGAAGCGAGCUCCAUGGCCUCCGAAAUCGAACGGUUGAAGAGGGAGGUGGUGAGGCUCACGGUUUCCAAUCAGCAGCUUCAGCUCACGGGCAAUCGUGAGACAGAAGCACCGGCACCGGCGGUGCGCAAGCCAGUGCUUGCCGCGAAGGAGGAGGAGCAGGAGGAUGAUGAUGCAUCCGAUGCAGACAAUGCGACGGAGGCGUAUGAGCGCGAAGACCAUGAUGAUGAUGUAGAACACCUGCGUCAAGACUUCGCCCACAGGGUGGAAGAGGAAGAGCAGCAGGAUGUUCUUCAGCUAGAGCCGAGCUCUGGUACUGCCGCACCCGGCCUUCCUAAGGGCCGCAGCCGAGUGGCGAGCUCUAAGCUGCUGCGCCUCAUGACGCUUCCCUUGCAGAAAACGUUCAAAGGCCUGUCGACGGUACUGAGCACGAAGCGCAUGCAGUUGCUCCUCAAGCCCAGCGCGACCUUGGAGCUUGACUGCCUUUUCAGAGGCCGGGACUAG